CUCUCUCUCUCUCUCUCUCUCGGAAAUUCUACCAUUUGUUUCUCCAAUUAGAAGCUGAAUAACCAGCGAAGCAAUCAGUAACUAACAUGAGGAAUUUGAUGGAAACGAACCUAAAGACGGCGAUGGCGCCGGCGAUGAUCGAAAACUGCAAUGUCAUGAAGGGCAACAUGAAGUCCCUGAAAACUCCCAUGGGGAUGCUCUUGCAGAUCGAGCUCCUAGUCAUCUUCACUGCGUUCUUGCUCCUGUUCCUAGUCACCUGCGGCUCAUGGCGACGUCGCUCCAACAACAAGAACCUCCGGCUCAUCAUUUUCACGGCCUACACUCUCUCAACCUACGUAAUCACCUAUGCUCUCGGCCUCAUGCAAGAUGCUCCGUUGCGCAGCGAAUUAUUCCCCGUCUGGGCAAUGUUCCUGAUGCUCGCCCUCGGGAGCGCUGAUUCUAUCUCUGCAUAUAGUCUCGAGGACAACGAGCAGUGGAAGAACUACAAUUGGCAGCGCGUGAUCAAAUUGAUUUGGUUGGUCUUGUUGAUGAGUUUGUACUUCCACAGCAGGUCCGAAGCGGUGGUCACGGCCGAGUGCCUCUUCAUCGUCUUGGUCGUGAAGUCCGACGAGAGGGCCCGGGCCCUGAUGGCGGCGAGCCUGCAUUCAUUGCAGAGGAAUACAAAAGUGGUUGCUGAUUAUAUGAGCGUGGAGCACGAAAAUGGGGGCGUUCCACAUGGAGUUCAUCCGGUUCGCAUGAGAGGGUAUACUUAUUUGGUGACGUGGGAAGAGGAGAAUUGGGUGUAUGAAAUUGCUCGUGCUAUCUACAGGUGGGUAUGGAAGCAUGAGGCCGCGCAGGCACCGAACUACCGGAUGACAUUGGAUAAAAAAAAAUUGAUCACCAUUGAAAAGGUGUGGGGGUGUGAAGGGAGGCUCUUAAGCUCAGAAGGAGACCCCCAGAACAAGCUCAAAGACAUAUGCCUCUCUUUUGCACUCUACAAACUCCUCCGUUUGAGAUAUGCUGGCUACUCAUUGCCCCGAGAGGCUCACAAGAAGACAUGGAACUUGAUUCGCCGUGGAUUGCUCUCGAAAGAAGACGGCUACAAGCGAGCAUUUCGAGUCGUUGAGGUUGAGCUCAUGUUCCUUUACGAUUUUUUCUACACCAAGUACAGUAUCAUAUUCCAGCCUGGCUGGUUGCUGAUCAAAUUAAUGGAGUUUAUGUACGUUGUCAUGGGCAUCUGGGCUACGACAUCACUCUUGACGCAUUACAAGAGACCUAACAGUAACUGUCCACUCGCCACAGUGCCAAAUGUGUUGAGUGUUGACGUACUCGUGACCAGCGUGAUGAUAAUCUCGUUCAUCGUCGUGGAGCUCACACAGUUCUUCUUCAUGGGUUUCUCGGUAUGGGCUAAAGUGACGUGGAUCUGCAAGUAUGUGCAGAAAAGGUCAUGGCAAAAUAAUGCGUGGAUCGAGAGGAUGAUCGGAGCGAUAUGUCGGGUCCGGUUGCUGAAGCCUUGGGAGCGAAAGCUUCAUCAGUACUCAAUCCUCGAGUCGUACUUCUAUAAAUCUUCCAGGUUAUUGAACAAUGUGAUUAUGGCGACCUACAUUGAUCAAGAUAGGGAUGGCCAGAAACAGAGCAAACCGAUCCCGUUGCCUGAAAAAGUGAAGCAAGAGGUGUUUGAUGCUCUGAAGUGGAAUUACGGUACUAAAUUGGAGAAUGGACAAACUUCACUGAGAGUGAACAAUGAGUCCCGACAGCUGUUGUGGGCGUGUCAGCUUGAGACGCAGACUCAGGUCAUAAUGGUGUGGCACAUCGCCACUAGCUUCUGUGAGUACCAACUGCCGGUAGGAAGAUCAGACUCAGAUGCAACGAGGAGUAGCUUCCUAGUGGCAACCAGCUUGUCCAAGUAUCUGGCUUACUUGGUUGCUUUUGCUCCACGGCUAUUGCCUGAUCACCCUUACGUUACGGAGUAUGUGUUUGAUCAGGCAAUCAUUGAAGCCAGGGACUUCUUUCAAGGAUGCAACAGCUUGGAUGACAGGGUUACGAAGAUGGAGAGGAAGGGCCGUGGAAGUUCUGCACGUGAAAAAACUGUUAUCAACCGUGGUGCUCGGCUUGGGAAUCAGCUUGUGAAUGAUAUAAAACGCGAGGACAUGAUUUGGAGGAUUCUGGCCGACUUUUGGGUGGAACUGGUGUUGUAUGUGGCGCCUUCAAACGAUGCGAAAGCGCAUGCAGAGCAUUUGACUAGAGGAGGCGAGUUUCUAACUCACUUGUGGGCUUUGCUAUCUCACGCAGGGAUCGAGAGAGAUUAUCCUACUAAGCCACCUAAUGCACUCAAGAGAAGCAAAAGCUUCUGAACUAAUCCUGCAUUUAAUAGCAUCAGUUGCAAGUUACCAGUGAUUGUGAUAAUAAAUGGCUGCUUAUGUAUGAUUCAUGUGGAUCUCGCGCUAGUUAAUUGGGCAAUGUAUUUGGUUGCAUCACUUGCAACUCUCACUAUGCAUUAAAUGUAAUCCUACUGCUACUGAACAGCUGCAUCAUAUGUAUUUCUCAGAGAGAUCCUGUUUUUGGUUUAGUAAUAAUAAUCCCAGGGAUGGAUUCACCUAGAGGUUAUUCCAAAGUUAUUGCAGAAUACACGUUGGAUUUCCUUGAAAUAUCCAAGAAACUUCUUUGCCGAAGAUGGAUCUUGUAAAUAAGAUUAUGUGACAAAGUUUCACAGUACUUACAGCAUUUUGCUGCGAGUAA